CUGCAGCUGUGGUGGCGUGCUCGCGCUGCUGAGACAGGCAGAGCACUGAGGACCGUGCGCGCGCUCACAGACUCCCUCUCAGCCACACACACACUCCCCAAACAAAGAGAAGCACGCGAGGCAGCACAGCAUCCCACCCUUUCAGCCGCGAGCUCACUAGCAGAACCGCCUCCCCCCAUCCCUCUCACACAGAACCGGUCCGGUCCGAGGCUCGAGCGCACAGAACCGACAAUGACAACUAACGGCGCGACUAACGGAACCAGCGACAUGCUGCAGAUCCAGUUCGGUCUCAUCAACUGCGGGAACAAAUACCUAACGGCAGAAACCUUCGGCUUCAAAAUCAACGCCUCCGCCUCGAGCAUGAAGAAGAAGCAGAUCUGGACUCUGGAGCAGAGCGGCGACGACUCCACCGGGGAUGUGUUCCACCUCAAGUCACAUCUGGGCCGCUACAUCGCCGCCGAUAAGGACGGCAACGUUACCGGAGAGAGCGAGACCCCGGGCCCGGAGUGCCGGUUCGUUAUCACCGCCCAUGAUGACGGCCGCUGGUCCCUGCAGUCCGAGCCGCACGGGCGCUACCUUGGCGGCACCGAGGACCGGAUCAUCUGCUUCGCCCAGACCGCCUCUGUGGCGGAGAAAUGGAGCGUGCACAUCGCCAUGCACCCACAGGUGAACCUCUUCAGCAUGACGCGCAAGCGUUACGCGCACCUGAGCGGCAAAGUGGACGAGAUCGCCAUCGACCGGGAUGUCCCGUGGGGGGUGGACUCCAUGAUAACGCUGGUGUUCCGCGAGCAGCGCUACCACCUGCAGACCUCCGACAACCGCUUUCUGAGGAACGACGGCGAGCUGGUCGCCACCACGGACAAGAGCACGGGCUACACGCUGGAGUUCCGCUCCGGCAAGGUGGCGUUCAGGGACUGUAGCGGCAGAUACCUCGCGCCCUCUGGGCCCUCCGGUACCAUGAAGUCCGGGAAGAGCGCGCGCGUGGGCAAGGACGAGCUGUUCGUGCUGGAGCAGAGCCACCCGCAGGUCGUGCUCACCGCUGCCAAUGAGAGGAACGUCUCCACCCGGCAAGGUAUGGACUUGUCGGCCAAUCAGGACGAGGAGGGCGACCAGGAAGUGUUUCAGGUGGAGAUUUGUCGCGAAAACCGGAAGUGUGCUUUCCGAACCGCCGCUGGGAAAUACUGGACUCUGACUGCUAACGGCGGCCUGCAGUGUACCGCCUCCACCAAGUCAGCUAAUUGCUACUUUGACAUUGAGUGGCGUGGGAAGAGGCUGACUCUCCGGGCCGCCAAUGGGAAAUACGUCGCGGCCAAGAAAAACGGCCAGCUCGCAGCCACCAUCGACUCUGCCGGUGAGUCCGAGGAGUUUCUCAUGAAGCUGAUUAACCGCCCGAUCAUCGUGCUGCGUGGGGAGCACGGCUUCAUCGGCUGCAGGAAGGUGACGGGUACGCUGGACUCCAACCGCUCCUCCUACGACUACUUCACCUUGGAGUUCAGAGACGGAGCCUACAGCCUGCAAGACUCCACGGGGAAAUACUGGAUGGUGGGUAACGAGCAGUCGGUGGUGAGCAGCAGCGACACGCCCGUCGACUUCCUCUUCGAGUUCUGCGAUUACAACAAGCUGGCCGUCCGCCACGCCGCCGACGGCAAGUACCUCCGCGGCGACCACGCCGGCGUGCUGAAGGCCAACGCCGACGACCUGGAGAGCGCCACGCUCUGGGAGUACUGAGGGAAGACGGGGUGCGGUCGCCCACUGCUGCGAUGCUGAUGAAUGAAGCGUGGCGACCGGCGCUACCCGUCCCUUGCGUCUACCUGUCCCCCUCCCCCUCGCUCCGUUCCUCACGUUAUAUCCUGUACCUGACUCUACAUGUUGAUGAACUGCACACAGAGAACAGGAGAGAUGGAAGAAGAAAGGAAGGAGACACUCCUUUUCUCUCCUGCCUCCCUUUCCUUCCCUUUACGCUUCCCUUCCCAGCUCUGCAGCGCCAACCUUUAUCUUUAUCUGUUGCCAUAGUUACGGUGGGGCUGUGCACUUUUUCUGCUCCGAUCUGGUUCGCUGCUAGACCUGUCACUCACUCCUUCCUCCUUGCCUUACAAUUUACGCCGCCCCCUCCCAGAGCAGAGCCACGUUUCAAAGAG